AGGUGUCUUCCUGAGUCUGCAAAAAUCCCCGAUGGGAAGCUACUGAUGAUCUCACCAAAUCCCUCCGCCUUGCUUGUGAAAUCAGUGGACAAUCCUCUAACGUAUUCUGAUCGGCAUGGCCGGGAAUGUGGGCAGCUUGGCAAUAGUGACUUCUUGUCUGCUCCUCCUUGAGCUCGCGUUUGCAACCAACAGUCAUGGAGCUCCUUGCUCCACCGCGAGUCACCGACUCCCUUCCACAGCAUGCCAGUCUGGGAUCUGCCCAGGUCAACUCUCCACGAGGUUACGUGGGGGCCUGCAGAUCUCAUCCAAGAUGAGUGAGAACCAAUUCACGUACAAAGAUCAGCUGAUGCUGAACCAGUACGCGGGUCUUAAGAAGGAGGUCGAGGACCUCCAGCAGGAGUUGAAGAAGGAUCACGAAGACCUCGAGAGCCUCCGAGACGCUCUGGAUGAGCUUGAGAUCUACAAGUGCAAAGCUCCUCCAGAGUUCGACAAGAUCCGCAACUUGCCCCCUCCACUACAGUUUCGGUGGGGAGAGACUUUCUCAACGUGGGACCCACAAACUGUAGGAGACAUUCUUGAGUCACAACUGAACGGAUUGGAGACGAUGGUAGGAUGGAAAUCGAGAAGAAAGAUUCGGAGAUCUUGUGACCUUCUCAAGUACUGA